AUUAAUCGUUAAUGAAAAGCUCAUGUCUUUCUCAGUUCAGCUGUGACUGCUGGAGAAAUGAAGAACUUUAAAGACCUCCUGCUGAAGCUGCAGGAUGCUCAUGAGCGAGAAGUGGAAGCUUUGCAGGCGAAACUCAAAGAACUGUCCAACAAGAAGGGCUGUGACACCAAGCGGAUGGAGGAACUGUUCACCAGGAACCAGCAGAUGAAAGAGCAGCAAAGAGUUCUGACAGAAAACAUCAAGACUCUGGAAAACAGACUGAGAGCCGGGCUGUGCGACAGAUGCACGGUAACUCAGGAGGUCGCCAAGCAAAGACAGCAGGAAUAUGAAGCCUCCCAAAUACAGAGCCUGCAGCACAUCUCUCUCCUCGCUGGAGAGAUGACCAACCUGAGGAAAGAGAAUCUUAAACUCAAAGAAGACAUCACAAAGCUGAGAGCAGCUCUUGAAAGUCGCAGCGAACUCUCCAUGAACAGCAGCAGCUCCAUGGACGUCAAACCAAAGCUGUCUCCUGAGCUCUCGCCCUCAGGAGCCGUGGCCCUCAGGAGCAGGCCCAGCAGCCAGCCAGCAGAUGGAGACAUUGGGGUAAAAACAGAAGCCAACCACAGAGCUGAGGAAACCGAAUGCAGGCCGUUAAAAAACACAAACCGAGGCAGUUUUGAAGUAUACAAGCCUCACGCAGCAUCGUCCUGGAAGAUGGAACACAUGACGGCUCGACCCGCAGAGGGGAGAGUUGAAACACCUGGACAGCAUUCUUCCAUCCCUCCCCCACCUUAUCCAAAGAAGCCCUCCUCCUCCCCAAGUGUAGAGGUGAAACCAAGCAAGCCGGUUGUCCAUGCUCCUAUCCCCUACCACCCCAAACCCAUAAAGAGAAACCCUGUUCCUAUGCCCUGGUCCCUUCCAGAAUGCGCUGACUGGCUGUCUGUGGCUGCAGCAGCCGGAUCCAACCAACCAUCCCAAACCUCUCCCAGUAGGGUUCAUCUGCAACGCUAUCCUAACUUGGUUGCCCCAAUCUCUCCAUCCACCACCAGACGGCCUGGUUUUGGUUCUCUGUGGCAAAAGCAGAUCGUUCCUCAGGCCCCUAAAGAACCAACAGUGGUGUUCACAUUCAGGAUGCCAAAUAAUGCUGAGAAUGAAGCAAAACCUCCGGAGAAAAAGGAAAGUCCCCCUCCCAAGGUUCAGAAAGGGUCUGGAGAAGAGCUUAGAGACGGCUGUGAUGGGCCUCUGGACCUCUCCGAUCGAGCAAAGCCUACAACUUACCAACCUGCAAAUGAUGAUAGUCCCACCACCUUACAAUGUGAGAGGAGCUUACAGGGGAGUCCGGAAAGAAAUGUGAAUAUGCAGAUACCAGUGUCCUCACCUUCAGUGGCCACCCUACGGUCCUCCUCCACCACAGCAGUCAAACAGCAAGAAGAAGAACCAAGCAAUGACUGCAACCAAGAGGUCAAAGAGCAGGAACAAGUAGAGGAAUCAACUGGUAAAACAGAGCAAAGCAACGGGAAAAAGGUUCCUGUCCUCACUCUGUCACUACGUCCAGCAGUGGUAAGGCUGGAGACCCUAACAUCUGCACUACAUAAGCAAGAGUCUUUAUCAUCAAAUGGCAAGCAAAAGCGUCCGUCUGUGAGUCCGUGUGCAUCCUCUGCUUCGGCACAGUCCUCCUCUUCGGCCACCGAGGCAGAGAGCAGUUUGGACGAGCAGGAAGACAAGAGUGGGUCGGGUCAAGAGAGCAAGAAGGACUGCAAGAGGAAGAGACAGCGUGUGGAAAAAGACACUGACAGAGAAUCAGACACGAUCAAGAUCCAUCAGGAGAGAAGAAUCAAGAUUACAGUGAGAUCGGAGGAGAGGAGCCCCAGCUAAUCAGGAGGAUAUUGCUGAUUUCACAUGAGAGGCUUUCCCUCGCAGAAACAGCCAGAUGAACCGUAAACAAAGCACUGACUUCCUCCAACCUUCCUCCACCUUCUGCAGCAGAAAGGAAGCAUAACGUUUAUAUUGUUGUAUUUUAUCUGCAAAACUUCUAACCGCCUUUCUGCCUAUUAGCUCGGCUGUGGAUCGCAUGUACGACCUUAGAUGCACAUCACUCACCUGUUUUAGGUGCUAACUCUGAUACUGAACUUGACUUUGAUACUGAAUUUGACUUUGGAGGUAGUUUUUCUGGUACGUGAGUCACAGAUGAGAGCAGAUGAGAAGGUAGGAUUAUAUUAAGGCAAACAGAAACAGGAGUCCGAAUCUAAAACCAUAUGAGGUCUGCAGACCACAGGAACCACAGCGUCAUGAUGUUUUUAGGUUUACACUAGAAGCAAUAUCCAUUAGUGUUCAUUAUUACAGCAGAUCUUUUCUAAUGUUGGUCAUGUUCUAGUUUUCAGAGUCUAUAUUAAUGUCAGUUGAUGUGCUGAAUUAUGUUGAUCAUAGUGGGUUCUGGGUUCGAUUCCCGGCCUCUCUGCGUGGAGUUUGCAUGUUCUCCAUGUGCAGUAUGGGUUCUCUCCAGGUACCCCGGCUUUCUCCAACAGUCUGACAACAUGAACUGGUGUCAUUAGGUAUGUGUGCAUGGUUGUGUGUCUGUGUUGCCCCUCGACCUGUCCAGGGUGGACCCCGCCUCUCGGCCAUGGCUGAGGAGAGGCACCAGCCCCACCAUGACCCUGAUGGAUGCAGUCAGAAGAGAUGGAGGAACUUUUCUUUGAGUCUGUUUGCUGUGAAAGUGGCUACAGUUUUUUCUCUCAGUUAAAAUAAUAUCCAGUGAUCCUGAAAGGAAAAGUCCGGUCAUCAAGGAAUAACAGUGGAUCCAUUUUUAUACCUUAAACUAAUAAGUUGGCUGUGAUUUAAUGAAUUUAGCCUUAAUCAGUAAAAAAAUUAAAACAAUAAUUUUCGUUGCGA